AUGUCCAUCCGUGUCUUCCUGAGGGACCAGCCUCAGCGCGCCAUAGCCUUGGCCACGGACACCCAUGUCCUCAUAUUCAAACAUAGCCCGACGACCACAGCCGCUGGAAUAUCUGGCUCAAGCACUUCUCUAGGCGAAGGAGGAACCCCGAGAUGCAUCGUGGAGUUCUCGCCGUGGGAGGGCCAGGACAUGACGGGCUACCGGACGCUGUCUUCCAUGUCAAUACAAGGCACUUUGGGAAUGGUCACCAUCAACGGCGAUGUGUUUCUCUGCGUGGUGAAUGGAAGUACACGGGUGGCGACAGUCAGACCUGGUGAGGCCAUCCAGAAGAUCUUGAGUGUCGAAUUCCACUGUCUCAACAGGAGCGAUUACGAUCACCUGUUGCAUGAUCAAGUCAAUCCUUUCCCGACCGAUUCUCUCGAUGCUGAUGGCUUCGAUCAUGGAGUUCACAAGGAGCCAUUGCUCGAGCAUCCAUGCAUGGCUUUGAAGAAGCUACUUUCUGGCGGCAGCUUCUACUACUCAGCAGACUUUGACCUGACCAAGCGAGUACAAGAUCGACCUGCGGAAACAAGUACUGUUGCGAUUGACAGUCUUGAUGCUGGCUUUCUUUGGAACACCUAUAUGAUUCAGCCGCUAGUUGACUUUCGUUCGCGGCUGAGUCAGAAAGAGAAAGAGGCACUCGAUCACUCCCGAAUAUUGACGAGUGCGAUCAGAGGUUUUGCAGGGACCGUGACGGUACCCGCUUCAAGCUCACCGGCUAGGUGGAAUAAUGCUGGGCUACCAUCGCAGAUGACGCUCAUUUCUCGACAAUCCUGUCGCAGGGCAGGCACGAGGUUCAACGCUCGCGGAAUUGACGACGACGGCAACGUCGCGAACUUCUGUGAGACGGAGACGGUUUUUACAACCGACGAGCUUUGCUUCUCUUAUGUGCAAAUUCGAGGUAGCGUGCCUUUAUUUUGGGAACAAGCCUCAGGACUUCCAGGCCAGCAGAAGAUUCAGAUCACGAGAUCUGUAGAAGCGACUCAACAUGCGUUUGACAAGCAUAUGCAGCGACUUUCGGAGACUUAUGGAGAUAUUGUGGUCGUCAAUUUGCUGAGCGAGGAGAAAUCGCAAGAGAUGCAAUUAACCAGACAGUACUUGCACCAUAUCGCUCAUAGCACGCUCAACCAUCCAGUCGACAAAGCAGCAGAAUCUGAACAUCGGCAUCUUACAGCAAUAAACUACGACUUCCAUGCAGAGACAAGAGGGCCGAAUGGGUAUGAAGCAGCGAAGGGUAUCAGGCGCUGGAUCGAAAGAUCCGCAGUUGCCUUCGAGUAUCAUCUCAGUGAGGAGCACCAAGAAAUCGUAAACAAGGAUGGCAAGCAGCAUGUCGUGGCUGGACAAAACGAGAUCCUGAAACAGGCAGGUGUCUUCAGGACCAACUGCCUUGACUGCUUGGACCGCACCAACCUGGUGCAAACUAUUAUUUCCGAAAUCGCAUUCGAGAUAUUCCUUGCUUCCCGUGGCGAGAACAAGCCAACUUCUGAUUUCUGGGCCCGGCAUGGUAUGCUGUGGGCUGACAAUGGCGAUGCACUAUCCAAGAUUUAUGCCGGCACAGGUGCACUGAAGUCUUCGUUUACCAGAUCGGGGAAGAUGUCACUGGCCGGCACCUUAGCAGACAUUAGAAAAAGUGCGCAAAGGUUUUACAUCAAUAAUGUCGAAGACAAGGGCAGACAGAACACCAUGGAUAUGCUUCUUGGUCGCUUGGUCGGCCAAACACCUGUGCACCUGUACGAUCCGAUCAAUGACUGGGUUCAGACUGAGCUAGCGAAACGUUCGAACGAUUUCACUACUUCUGCGAAGAUCAGCAUUUGGGUGGGAACUUUCAACCUGAACGGCAAGACGCAUGGUAUUGAUGAAGACCUGACACCUUGGUUGUGUCCCAUCGUAGAGAACGAGUACAGGGUGCCAGAUAUUGCAGCCGUUGCAUUCCAGGAGAUCGUAGAUCUGGAUGUUGGCCAAAUCAUGUCGACCGAUCCACAUCGCCGGAGUGUCUGGGAAGAUGCCGUCAAGGCCACUUUGAACGCAAAUGCCCAAAGACACGGUCACGAGGAUUACGUCCUGUUGAGAGGUGGCCAGCUUGUGGGAGCGUCACUUUCCAUCUUCGUGAAAGCUAGCGUCCUACCAAUGAUUCGGAACGUCGAGGGCGCCGUCAAGAAGACAGGCCUGAGUGGCAUGGCUGGAAACAAAGGCGCUGUUGCCAUUCGAAUGGAGUGUGCUGAUACCGCCAUCUGCUUCGUAACAGCACAUUUGGCGGCUGGGUUUGCCAAUUAUGACGAGCGCAACCAGGACUAUCGCACCAUCUCUUCGGGCCUACGCUUCCAGCGCAACAGAUCCAUAGACGACCACAAGACUGUCAUCUGGUUCGGUGACUUCAAUUACCGCAUUGGCUUGGAAAAUGAGCGAUGCAGGGCGUUGAUCAAGAAAGGCGAUCUUGGGACACUGUACGAGAACGACCAGUUGAACCUCCAGAUGGUACACGGCAGAACGUUCCCGCACUACUCGGAGCAAACACCGACAUUCUUACCCACGUACAAAUUCAAUAUCGGAACAGAUGACUACGAUACAUCGGAUAAAAGCAGAAUUCCUGCAUGGUGCGACCGGAUACUUACCAAAGGUGACAACAUCCGACAACUCCAUUAUGAUUCUGCUCCUCUACGCUUUUCUGACCACAAGCCUGUGUGGGGGCUGUUCUCUUGCACGAUUAGUGUUGUAAACCAAGCAAAGAAAGAUCAAAUCAAUUCGGAUCUAUACACAAAGCGAAGAACUGUGGUUGGCUCACACACCGCCAGCCAAAUGGCCGAGAGUGACGACGAGUCCAUAUAUGGGUACGACUCUGUCGAAAACGGCUUGCCGCCGGCCAGCUCCGAGAAGAGGAAGUGGUGGCUCGACAAUGGUAUGCCAGCAAGAGCAACAGUAACACCUCCAAGUACAGGCCAUGUCCUCAAUCCCGCGAGGCCAUCAAAUCCUUGGACACCUACAAACGAGCCGGAUUGGGUGAAGGUCGAAAAGCCGGCAAUUCCUCCAUCACGACCAACUUCGCUAUACGGACAGGCGAGAAAUGGAGCCUCCACCCCAUCUCGAAGGGAGAGUGUGCCUAGGAGGCUGCCCCCGCCUUUGAAACCUGGUGAAGAUGCUACGAGGUCUUCGGAGCCACCUAACGUGGAGGGUGCAGCAGACUAUGAGAGCUUGCAUAGAAUGCAGCUCAAGCAGACGUUGCGAAAACCAGCACCACCGAAGCCCAACAAGCCGAGCUUGCUGCGCUCUGAGAGCCAAGCCUCGAAUGUCUCUGCAUCUGCGAAAACAGUUGCUCCUCCUCCACCACAAGCACGAGGAUCUGUCAACAGCCCGGCUCCAACAGGUUCUUCUAUGGUCCCACCUCCACCACCCGAGGCCAGGAGCCCUGCGCCACAGCCACCACCACCUAGAAAAGUAGUACGGACCGGCACAAAUUUGACGGCAUCCCCAUCAUCUACCAAGGCCAAGAACAAAAAUUCUCCGGCGCAGACAUCCCUCAAAACCGCGAAGCUCUCUGGUCUUCGAAUUACAACCAAACCGCAGAUUUGUACCUCCACAUCCAACGCCUCAACGCCAUCCGCUCUUGGGCCAUUUCCCAAGAUCCUAGCUACUUGA